AUGGCAUCUUAUUGGGCCGCAGAUAGCAAGCUCCACAGUACGCCAGGAAGUCUUGCAUCUUUCAUUGCAGAGCUCACAGGCCAGGGGCCAGACGCACAAGGUGACUCUGUGAACUGCAGCCUUGCAGCCUUCUUCAUCUGCAACGCCACUCUCCAUUUGACCGGUGAAUCAUGGCGUCGCUGCAAGGAAUGGGCUCCGAGUUUAACGGCAAACAAGUCGCCACUUCAUGCGGCGAUCGAUGUGGUGCGCCUGGCGCGGAUCUUUUACGCUGCCAGGCUAGCUACCCGAAACUCCACUCAUUGCAAGCCCUGGCCAGUAGUGGAUCUGCGCAAGCUUGAUCCCUUGUCGAGGAAGAAGUCGGGGGUAUUGUUUGCGCUUGACAAUCCUGCAGUUGCCGAGAUUGCAAGGCAGCUGCCCCAGAAAUGCGAAAGACUGGAUGGGCUCUUCGAAAGCGUGACGCAGAAGUGGUUUGCUCGAACCGGAGCACAGAAACCUCGACUUGGCUCGAAGCCGAUCUGCACAGUCGACAUCGACGCGAUGACACCCACGCAUUGGCAACUGCUGGGCAGACUGGUGCCAAAGUGCCUCCAUUAG